AUGUCUCGCUGUGUUCUACUCAACAGCACAGUUAUGGAAGCUUAUCGCAAACUCAGUCCUAUUGCUCCUUGCCAAUUAAUGCCUGAGAUGGAGGCAGCUUUGGAAGCCGUGGAAAAACCUUCUAAAUGUGGUAAUAAGAAGGAAGAACAACCUGCUGAUCCAGGAAUGGGGCAUCUUCAAAAGUUGACAAAUCAACGAAGGGUGAUAAGCAGGGAUCCAAAAAGCGGAAAUCAGAGAAAGAGGGAUCUUCAGCUCAUCCUAAGAAAAUUAAAAAGAUGGCAAGAAGGUCUACAUCGGCUGAUGAUGAAGAAGAAAGCUCAUCUUGAGGACUCACCGAGAGGAAACACACCUCCUAUAUCUCCAACUCCAACUGAUGACCUCCAUACCAAGGUACCCACUCCACUUGAUUCACCACCGAGGGUCACUAUUUCCGUUUCGGUUGCUCCAAUACCUCCAAUUUCUACAACACAACCGAUUUCUUCACCGAUUCCACCACCACCUGUUAACACUACUCCUAUAAUCACUACAACACCUAUUAUUACCUCUACCAUAACCGAUCCACCGGUGAAUGUCAAUGUAUCAUAUACGGGGGCAUUUACUGGUACUAAACCUCCUGUUACUACUAAACCUAUUACACCUACUGCUUCAGAUGACAACAAUCCGAUUCUUGGAGGUGCUGAUUUUGAGUAUGACUCAACUUACUAUAGUCCUUAUCGGCUCCCGACUGAAGAUGAUGAUGUUGCCCCUAUUACUAAGGACCAACUUGAUAGUGCUCAUGAGAAGCUUGACAAGCUGCUUGAGUGUUAUCAUAAGCCUGUUGACGUUAUCCUCAAAGCCUUCAUGGAUACAGCCUUGGAGCAAUAA